AUGAUUGCCGUAACCACGUGUCCACGUGUAACACCGUGUAACACGCGUCGGAGUCGUUGGUUGCCACCUCGUACUUGCAAAAGUGUCUGUGCCGCUACUCCAAUGAAACCUCAACUUCGUCCGGCUCGUUUGCCGAAGUACCUAUCCCUUUUAGCCUCCUCGUAUUCAAGAAUGCCACUGCCAGUGGAUGUUCCUUCCGUUUCAUCAUUUCAGAUCGUUGAUGUGUUGUCAAGUCGGAAAGGUAGAAGAAGAAUGAAUAUCGUUCGUUCGAAUACACCCUUAUAA